AUGGCCGCAGCAGCCAAGCGGAGAGCCAGCAACAUUCGGGUGGCUGUUCGCUGUCGGCCCUUCAAUGCUCGAGAGCGGGCAGAGGGGGCCGUCAAGAAUGCCCUGGCCUGUGAUGAGACUUCGAUCCAGGUGAUGGAGUGCACGCGGCUGCCGAAGGAGUUCAACUACGACCAUGUCUUUGGAUGUGCAGAUACUCAGGAGGUGGUGUUCCAGGCAGUCGGCCUGCAUCUGCUGGAGAACGCCAUGAAUGCGUACAACGGGUGCAUCUUCGCUUAUGGUCAGACGGGCUCGGGCAAGAGUCACUCCAUCAUGGGCGAUGUGGACAGCAAGGUCGAACAGGGCAUCCUUCCGCGGGCCUGCAUCCGCUUGUUCUCCAUGCUGGAAGAUCGUCGUCAGGAGAAGGGCUUCGAGGCAACAGUUCUCGCAAGUUAUCUGGAGAUCUACAAUGAGAAGAUCUUCGACUUGCUGACAGGCGGUCACCCCGGAGAACUGCAAGUGCGAAACCACCCCGAGCUGGGCCCUAUCGUCCCUCACCUCACGGAGUGUCCAGUGGAGAGCUUCGAAGAGGCGUACGAGCUGCUGGACUUUGGCGCCAAGCGCCGGGCAGUGGCUGCCACACAGAUGAAUGCGACGUCUUCCAGGUCACACGCAGUCUUCACCUUGCAGGUGCGGAUGGUUAUGGCGAAGCCAGGCGGCCGCAUCGAAAGCCAGGCAAAGAUCCACUUUGUGGACCUCGCCGGCAGCGAGAGGCAAAAGAAAUCUGGCGCGGCCGGAGAGCGGCUCAAGGAAGGCAUUGGCAUCAAUCUGUCCCUGACGACCUUAGGAAGAGUCAUCUCUGAGUUGGCAAAGCCCGGGGCGAGGAGCGUUCCCGCCUUUCGGGACUCGAAGUUGACCCUUCUGCUCAAGGACGCCCUGAUGGGCAACAGCCGGACCGAGCUGCUGGCCUGCGUCAGCCCCUCGAGCUUCAACCUCGAGGAGACCGUGAGCACCCUGGAGUUCGCUUCGCGAUGCAAGUUGGUAAAGACGAGUGCCAUGAAGAACGAGCAGAGCAAGGCUAAGCCCGCCCUGCCAUUUGAGAAGCGGGGUUUCGGGUUUCGACUUGGCUUCUCCGGUGAAAGGGAAGGGCACUACCUGAUAUCGACUGAGCAGUGGCCCCGGCAUUACUUCCGGCUCGUCAAGGACGAGUUCAGUAGCUACCUGCACGUCGUCGGCAAGCGUGGCGAGCCUGGCAAAGCAGGGCAGUUCGUCAUCGAGGACUGGAUGCCUAGUGAAGCCGAGGGCCUCCUUGUGGCGAAUGAGAGAUUGGACCAUCAAACUGCAGGGUUUAGGGUUUACGGUUUAGGCCACAGGUGA